UCCCCAAAAAUCACGUGGCGUUUGCACAAUGAUUUUGCUCGAGAUUUGUUUGGCACCAAUUAUUUCAGAUUGUACUUUGUACAUGCACUUGGUAAACUGGUUGUGCUGCUGCUGUCUUGUAUUAUAACGACAUGCGUAAACGGCCACACCACCAGAAAUCUGAGGUGUCUGCCUCUCGACCAAAUUACAGAGAAGCGAGAUGGGAACGCGCGGUGAAGGCAUACACGGUAAACCAAGAGUCGCGCUACCUGCUCAUUCUCAACGUGCCGGCGAUUAAUGUUGACACUGAGCUUACACAGCUUUGCACCCAGUUCAGCUCACUCAGUUGCAAGCGCCUGGAGGACUAUCCGCGCGAGGAAUUCACGGAAGCAUUCCUUGUUGUUUUCCGGAACAUUUCUGCAGGCAGGAUCGCAAAGCGCAAACUGGACAAUCGUUCCUUCUUUGGCAGUCAGCUACAUGUUACCUACGCCCCGGAACAGGAGACAGUCGAUGACACACGGGCCAAGCUUCAACAACGCAGACAGGAUGUUAUUAGCCGUCUCGCUGCCUUGGAACGAGAACGUGGGGAAGCUAGUGGUGGCAAGCCAACAAGCUCAGCAGACAAAGCGAAGACGGGACAAUCCGUGUCGCCACCAGCAGCGCCAACAGUAGCCAGUACUGCGUGCACUAGUCGUGAAGCUGGCCAUGUUGCCAUGGCCACAGUUUUGUCAACAAGCAGUACAAGGCCACCACCACAAACACAACAGCAGCAACUGCCUCCACAAGCAUGGAGCAGACUACCAAUGCAGCCGCCACCACCACCGCCACCGCCGGCGUCAUCCACUACCUUUCCCCCUCCACACGUAACUCCCGGAGGCUGGAGCUCGAGUGCACACGGAGUGGGCUCCAUGCCGUAUGCAGCAGCACCGUUCUGUCAUCUUGCCGUCAGUCGUGCACCUCACAUUCCUAACCAUGCGGCCUGUCCUCCACCUCUGCCACCUCAUAGCCCGGGAUAUCAGCCCCAUCGGCAUUCUCAUGUGCCGCCGCCUUCUCAUCCGCAAGCUCUUCAAUAUCCAUCCAUGGACCCGAAUUGGGCCAAUCCACGUCCGCUGCAUCCUCCAGCAGUGGAAGCGUACUCGCUUGAAACAGCAGCACAGAACCUGGGUGCUGUCCAGGGACCCCGGCUACCCACGUCACUGACUCGUGAUUCGCAUAGUAAAACCAUGCCAGCUACCAGCAGCAGCAGCACUGCAUCUGCUAAUCGGACAAACAGCAGAGGCAAGGACAACGGCGAAUCUGUGGACACGUCUGUGCAGGCCAUCCGCUCCAGAAUGGCUAAGGCCGUCGGCCCAAGCUCCACAGCCACGGACCUGGCCAAGCAAAUGGGCAUGCAGAGUAAGAAGCGGCGGCGGAUUUAGCUGCUGAGCUUGCUGUAGAAACCUGGGCUGCUGUCCCACAAAUCCCCUAGGUGGCCGGCUGCAGAAGAGUCCCUUGAACGGUUGCCGCACAGCUCUUCAGCUGUGACCAGGCACUGCUAUUCUCAGCGACCGGCUGACUGGGGCUGAUUGGAGCUCUUUGGAAUGGCUGCGGCAUGAACAGGAGGAUGCUUUCACGGUCAUGUGAUGCAUUGGACUAGUCCCUACUCGGACACCACAUGCUCCCACUCCACAGGAUAUUGCUACACAUUGCGCUGUGUCCGCUUAUCCCACCAAUGAGCCAACUAAUGGAAGGAAGUUACCACCGGACAUUGCUAUGGUCGCGCAGCUGCUGAACGUCGCUACUCUACUCUACUACAUGCUGUUGCUCCACACUCAGCCGGCCGGGGAAUGCAGCUACUACAAACGCAGCAAAUAUUUGAAGCAAACCAGCAAAAAAACUGCAAUUGCUGCUGUCAUGAUGAUUGUUGAGGAGAAACACUGGUUGGCACUGGUUAAAACUGGUCCGGAUCACUUUCAUUUCGUGAGCCUAUAAACUCACCUACUGGCAUGCCAUCAUUCUGCUUUAUCUCUAUGUUCAGUCUCUCAGAAAUCGUCAGAAUACAUGGCCUGGUCGCAAUGUAACCAAUCAUAAUCAUGCCUCCACCGAUGCAAUGGUGACAUUCAAGCAACACGCAAAAGAGUAAUGACUGCUUUCGAAUCGUAUACUAUUGUACACAUGCAGGUACAUGCAGUACCUGCUGUCUGAAAUGCAUUUCAUGAUGUGAUGUGUCUCCGGAUUUUGCGAAUAAUCUGAAAAUGGUAUUGCUUGAUUGAAACCCAACAUGGGUAUAAUUAUGAUGUGACUGACGAAUAUCUUAA